AAGCAGACUGCUUCUACAAACAUUUCUGAAAGAAUAGGUCGCUCUCGGGAGCUCAGUGAAUUCAAAGGUUGUACCGUGAUAGGUUGCCACCUGUGCAAUAAGUCCAUCCAUGAAAUUUCCUUGCUACUAAAUAUUCCACGGUCAACUGUUAGUGGUAUUAAGUGUAAGCAACUGGGAACAGCAGCAACUCAGCCACAAAGUGAACGAGCUUAGUGCAUGCUGAAGCGCACAGUGCACAGAAGUCACCAACUGUCUGCAGAGUCAGUAGCUAAAGACCUCCAAACUUCGUGUGGCCUUCAGAUUAGCACAAUAAUGCGUAGAAAGCUUCAUGGAAUGGGUUUCUGUG